CAAAAAUCGGACAAGGGUGACUGCCGGGAACUCCAGAGAGCACUUGUCAGGACUAGUACUCCAAACAGCUGCGGUCAUGGGAAGCAAAUAGUCGUCGCGGAAGGCAUCUGAGUAGCCUUCUCGUUCAAGGUAGGAACCGAUUGUUUCGUUGUUAGAGUCAUGAUUAGGGUCGUCGCUUUCGUUAAGAAGCAAGUCGAGAGCAAACUGGUUGAAUCGAAUAAUGUCAAAGACCAUCCUCCACAUGCGCGGCGAAAAGAGACGGCGUUUCUGACAAAAGACUGUGGCUAAAUUUGUUCCAGCCCAUUCAAAAGCGCCCUGGUCGCGCGAAACGCUGAAUGUCAUUUCAGUUUCUUCUGCUUCUACUCCGAUCCUUUGCAGAAAGUUGAUGAAGUUUGCUGUGGCGCGAAUCAGCCUAGUGAGCUAAGAGCUACGAUGAAAACAGGUCACAAAUAUGACUUACGGUAUGUUGCCGUGUUUAACACAAUGAAGCCAGUAUCAACCGCCGUUUGAUAUUUUCCUGCCUUCCAUUGCACGGUGUUGGUGUGGCCACCGAGGCGAUCCGCCGCCUCAUAGAGAUAGACGUCAUGGUAUGUUCUGUUGAGGGCCCAGAGCGCAGCGAUGCCAGCGCUGCCACUGCCAACAAUGGCUACCUUUUUCCUGGUAAAGGUGUUAGAUACGGGUGCCAUACUCUAUGAAUGCGCUUAGAGGGCUGCCAGGGCCUAAGUAGUGCUUGGGGCGACUUUGGGGUUUGGGGGCAAUCAAUGGAGACCGGGAUCUAAUGGUUGGGGUACACAGAAUUGACUCAAAAUGAAGGCGUCAUGACCUUGGGCGAAGACAUGAAGAGGAAAUGCAAGACGCUGCGCAAGAAGAGGGGAAGCUCUCAAAGGGUGGGCAGCGCAGCAUGUGCAAAAGGAAUGGGCUUUUGGCAGGAUGGCGGGAUCCGACGCUGAUUCGACGGCACGGGGGAAGGAAUAUGCAAGUCAACUCACUCGUGUCUCGAUUCCACCAUUGCGUGAACAGACAGCCACGAUCGGCUGAACCACAGCGUUGAAAUGAAAUUGGAAAAAGCAAAAAAAAAAAAAAAGAGGAACGGCCCGGGAGGUGAAGGAUGGAUGGAUGGAUGGAGAGAACUGUCAGACGAGGGUCCCGUGGUUUAUUUUGCUGCGUCAACCGAUAGGCUAAGGAAAUGGUUGAUGGAUGACGCACCAGCGUGACCAGCCAGAUCGGACAUUGUUCCACGCAGCAUCCACACAGGAGCCUAGCUCGAGUCUCAACUACGUAGCACUCUUAUGCGCAAAAGUCAAUUCCGCAGGGGCAAUAAAUAGAAUUCCCCAUACUGUUUAGCGUAGAGACCAUGGCGUUUGCCAGGAGGCCGGCACGUCACAGAGCGCUGUAAGCGGGCAUAUUGUGUCUGCCCCAACACACACUCUCAACAGUUGGCGAUGUUGGGUUGGCAGCAGCCCGGUGCAUAUAAAGUUUCUACGGUUUCUUCACCAAGCACGGCACCGACUCAAAAAGGUAGCCAAAGUACCGGUGCCUUUUCAUCACGGAUCAUCCAAAUGAGCUUGUGAUGCUGGCAUGUCGAGCACUCAACGGGAUCGGGCAACGUUGGAAUACGAGCCGCCAAUUCUUAGAAGCGCCGAGCAGCCUUGAAAAAUAGAAUAAAUUCCGAAUUCCAAGACCGCAUAUUAUCUCCCCGGAUCGUUCAACUAUACGCCAUGUAGGAACUAUAGACGUCGAGCCAAUUAUAUAUUCUUCCACCGGGUGAUCAACUUUGAAGAAGAAGAAGAAAAGACUGAAAAGUUUCGGCGCCGCUGGCGGGAGAAAUGGUAGGCAGGUGGGGCAGCCGCCUCGUCCUCAGGCCGUAACAAUGCAAUCACGUGUUUGGGGGAUGGACUGCCAGUCCGGCUUCAGACAGUCUUAGUGGGUGGCUGGCAGCGCGGCAGGCCCCAACAGCACCCAGCAGCCAGCGGCCAGCCCACUGUAGCAGCCUUGGCGUGCCCAUUGCGUCGUAACCACUUGCAUCUCCGAGGCUGGCGUUGACUCUGGCUGUUCUUAUUCUCCUCAACAACCAAACACCAGCAAGCGCGACUGCAUCUACGUUUUGUCACACUUCUUAGUCGUAAUACUGCAUCGGACAAUAUUCUCGCGCUUCUCUGUCACUUGCUCUGUACUCAGCUAGGCCACGCGCGCGACCGAACCAACCGACGUCUCCUUUCUCGCGCUCUCCGACAUCAUGUCUAACCCUCUCGACUCGGCAGCGGGCUCCGAACUCUUCGGCUCGUACGAGGCGGAAAUUAAGCUGGUUCAGGCAGACCUUCAACAGAAGCUGGAUCAGAUUCCCGAACUCACCGGCGAGGAACGCAAGAGUGCAGUUACUCAGGCCAAGAGGGCACUGGAGGAGGCAGAUGAGCUGCUUGGCCAGAUGCGACUUGAGAAGCAGAAUAUCCCUACCUCCUCCCGAGCCGAAGUAAACCAGCGUUUCCGCAACCACGAAUCAGAUGUCGACGCCAACCGCCGAAAGCUGGAUUCUCUAGCUUCAGACAGAGCUCAACUAUUCGGUGCUCGUUAUACUGACGAGCCUGGAGGUGCUUCCGAUAUCCACCUUGAGCAACGUCAACAGCUCCUCUCCGGAACCGAUCGCCUGGAGCGAAGCUCGCAACGGUUGAAGGCCAGUCAGGCCCUUGCCAAUGAAACGGAGGCUAUUGGAGCCAGUACGUUGGCUGAUCUUAGCAGACAGCGAGAAAUGAUCACCCAUACGCAUGAUACCCUCUUGCAAAGUGAGGGUUACGUCGACCGCAGUGUCAAGACUCUGCGCGGUAUGGCGCGUAGGAUGGCUACGAAUCGGCUAAUCACAAUCGCCAUCAUCACAGUUCUUGUGAUCCUCAUUGUGGCCGUCAUUUUCAACAAGUUCUUUUAGCUUAGCGCGCUUUGGUCUUUGUCCUUCUAAUCACUGGAGUUAUGGUGUAUUCUUUCCGUCCGGGAAUAUCGUUGAUUGAUUCGGAUCCAUCUUUAUGUAUUUAUGAAUAGACUUUAUAAUACCGUUCUCUGACACUCCUAAUCUUUAAAGUGACUCCAGGUCUGUCAAAUAUCACUUACGAUCGAGGUCCAC